CUCCCCCCGACCCGAAUGAAGACAACCUCCUCCGCUACUGCUAACCAAACUGCGGAACUACAGCAGCGACACACACCAUCGUUUGUAGCCUGAAGUUUAAGGCACAGCGUGAACACGAAGGCCUCCUUCAUCGAUCACUCUUUGCAGCAGAUUACCCACCGCAGCUAAAAUAGCUAACGAGUCACAAGUGGCUAGUUAAGUUAACGUCGUUUGACAGCUAACGCUAACUAGCUAGUCUGUUUAGUAUUUGACGUCAGUUUCAAAACAAAGCCCGCAAAACGGAGAAGUUGAGAGUCAGCUGUCACCUGCAGAGAAGCUGGAGACUAAACUGAGUCUAAGUCUGUAAACCGAUAAAGAUACAUGAGGCUUUUCAGAUCAUGUUUAAUACACUCGGUUAAUGCUUAAUUAAGGCUACUUCGUUAGAGAAACUGUCAGCAGGUUUUUGGUUGCAGCGAGUUUGAUCUCAUCCAGCAGCUACGCGGUUCUGUCGAUAUACAUCAGAUUUCCUUAAAACUUGGAUUUAAAUGUCCGAAAAGAGUUCAUCGUCCGGUUCGGAUGAGGAUGUGGACCCGGAGGCCGCCCAGCAUGUGGACGUCGGAGGAGUCUUAAGCAAGUGGACAAAUUACAUACACGGAUGGCAGGACCGAUGGGUUGUGUUGAAGAACAACACCCUGAGCUACUACAAGUCAGAGGACGAGCGGGAGUACGGCUGCAGGGGGUCUCUGUGCCUCAGCAAGGCUUUUAUCGCCCCUCAUGAGUUUGACGAGUGUCGUUUUGACAUGAGCGUGAACGACAAUGUGUGGUACCUCCGGGCUGAGGACCCCGAGCACAGACUGCAGUGGAUCGAGUCCAUAGAGCUGCACAAGGCCGAGUCGGGUUACGGUUCAGAAAGCAGUCUCAGGCGUCAUGGGUCCAUGUUGUCUCUCACCUCAGCAGCCAGUGCCCUGUCCGCCACGUCCACAUCCUCCUUCAAGAAGGGGCACAGGUUGCGUGAGAAGCUCGCUGAAAUGGAAACCUUUCGGGACAUUCUGUGCAGACAAGUGGACACGCUGCAGAAAUACUUUGACUCCUGUGCUGACGUUGUCUCCAAAGAUGAAUUUCAGAGAGAUAGAGUAGAAGAAGAAGAAGAGGAUGAAGAGGACUUUCCCAACACUACAAGAACUGACGGUGAAUGUAAUCACAACAACAAUGGCAGCAAAGAGAAAUUGUUUCCACCUGCCAGUCCCAAAGGUAUGAAUGGAAUAGACUUCAAGGGGGAGGCCAUCACCUUCAAGGCCACCACGGCAGGCAUCCUCUCCACUCUGUCCCACUGCAUCGAGCUGAUGAUGAAGAGAGAGGACAGCUGGCAGAAGAGAGUGGACAGGGAGCUGGAGAAGAGGAAGAGGGUAGAAGAUGCCUACAAGUCUGCGGUGAAUGAGCUGAAGAAAAAGUCCCACUACGGAGGACCCGACUACGAGGAGGGGCCCAACAGCCUGAUCAAUGAGGAAGAGUUCUUCGAUGCGGUGGAAGCUGCUCUGGACAGACAGGACAAGAUAGAGGAGCAGUGCCACUCGGAGAAGGUCAGGAUACCUCGACUAAGCCCCGUUCCUCCGGGUGACGCCUACUCCACCAUCGGUACACACCGAUACGCCAUCAAGCCCCAUAGCCACUCCUCUUCCCUCUCCUCCGUUGAGCUAGUCAGUGCCUCCGAUGACAUUCACAGAUUCAGCGCUCAGGUACUGUAUUUGGUCAACAGAGAGCACCCCUAUCUGCUGCCAGAGCUUGAACAGAUACCCACAAACCGGUGCGUUCGUGCCAAAAUCAAUGUUGCUAUGAUCUGCCAAACGCUGGUCAGCCCACCAGAGGGGGAUAAAGAGAUCAGCAGAGACAACAUCCUUUGUAAGAUCACCUACGUUGCCAAUGUAAACCCAGGAGGCUGGGCGCCGGCCUCCGUCCUCAGAGCCGUGGCCAAGAGAGAGUAUCCCAAGUUCCUCAAACGCUUCACCUCCUACGUCCAGGAGAAAACGGCUGGGAAGCCCAUCCUCUUCUGAACGAGGCUUGCGGAGGGCCACGUUCGCCCAGUGGAAAGACUACAUUGUUCAGUGUUGAACCGACGCUCAAAGACUACAUGACCCAUUCUCUUAUCAAUAAGAAUGUGUUAAACUACUACUCGCAGGACCCUUUAUCACCCAGGACGUCCUGCUGGACUCGUGCUUGUAGAAGAGACUGGUUUUACGCCUUUAACCCAUCAGUAGUUGUCGUCCCGGCAACCAUGUUGUUGGUCAUGGGUACACUUGUAAGCGGUUUUUGAAUUGUUCUUACCAAUUAUUUGCUUUUUUUUGUAAAUUGUUUUGUACAUUUCUUAUGAUUACCUAUUUCUUGACUUUUGUUUGGGUUUGCUUUAAUCACUAGUAUUACAGCUACUUGUGUUGCUGCUGCUAAAGUAACUACCAUGAGAGAGGAGAGUCGAUUUUGACAAGAAAGCGUUGAGGUGUGGUGCAGCGUCUCCUCCUCCUGCCUUCUCCUGUCCGUCUGGUGAUGACUCUCUUCGCGGUUUGGGGGGGGGGCGGGUAGAGCCGAAAACUUUGAAAUCUUUAUAUUUCUAGAUUGUAAUGAAACUAGCUGUCAGAAAGCACCAGGGACACAAUGUAUUGUACAGAGAAAAUAUGUUUUCAGUUAGUUUACCAAUGUGAGAAAUGUGAAUUGACUGUUAAAUGCUUGAAUUUGAUUGCAUUCAUGGGCCAAGGACACCUGGAGCAGCAGAUUGAGUCAUGUUGGAAAAUAUCUUUGACACGGUUGAAGUGAUAAUCAAUAAUUGGAUAUAAGUGUAGUUGACUGUGGUCUAUAGAUGCUUAUUUGCGGCCUACUGUCAGUGUGUAUUUGUCUUUAAGCCCCACAUAACACAGGUUUUGACAGUUGUUUUGCAAAAGGCCAGCCAAAGUGUCUCGUGUAAAGUUCCCUCUCUUUUAUUGAGAGAUGAGUGGAUACGUUUUAUAAACCCCUGAUCUCAUGAAAAAUCAUUCAUGAGUGUCAGGUUUUUAAAUUAGUCCCGCUGCUAUUGAGCAAGAUAAGGUAACUUUGUAAUAUGUUGAGUAACCUAUCAUCUACACCCCAGACUCUUAGUGAUACUCUCACAUUACAUUUCACACGCCACACUACACUACAGUGCAGUGGCCUCUUGCCCUUUGACUGAUAAACUACCCCCAGAAUGCCUUGGACACCAAGAUGGAAAUCCAGGUUAUAUUUACUGUACAGCCACCAGAUGUGCAUUUAUCAACACUGAAAUGAAGCGGGGUGG